AAGCAGAACUUAAAAUAUAUAGUUAAUAUUCAUUAUACACAUAAAGUGAACGAAUUCACUCACAAAUACUAUUUCAUAUCAGAAAGUUAUUUUUCAACAUAACUGAAAUAUAUUUUCGCUUUAUAAUUUUCCCCCAUUUAAAAUUAUAUCUUCACAUACAAAAUUUAUUGAUAAAUACACCAAUAUCAGCAAAAGAACACAUGUCAACUUACGUGAUAAAUGUAUUAGAAGCAUAAAAAUGAAUAUUACACGGAAAAUGCUGAAGCUAGAAUGAAUAAAACUGUAUGCACUACACUGAACGAGCUCCAACCCAGAACUGUACGUAGACUAUCUUUCAACACCAAUGCCCCACUUCCCCUAGCCCUGUUGACUGAUGUCUGUCAUGAAGGUACGCGGCGGGUAGAUUUCAACCAUUGCAACCAUGACACAGUUUCAAUAAUGGAACUAAGCCAAUUAAAGCUCCUUAUAUAUCAUAUAAACUAUUAUACUCUACGGCUUAUACCACUAAUCUCCUGUCAUUACGGUUCUGCACAGAAUCUUAGCUAUAUUGUAAAGUUUCCGACUUUCAACUAAAAGUUCUCUGGCGGAGAUCUAGGUUCUAAAUAAAAUUAUUUAUUAGAUACCUCUCAAAUUUUAUUGGCACACAACUUGUUUAUAUAUAACUGCGCAUUUGAUUGGUGAAUAUUAACGGUGAUCACAUACACCUUUGGCAAUAAGUGCUAGCGAAAAUGUACAAAAGACAACGUUGAUUUCAUCGCUGGCCCAAUUUCUCGACCUCGAGCCCUGCCGCCACAUGUUCGAAACGAUCGAUAUUAAUCAUUAUUAGUAAUUCUUUUAAUUGACUCGCCAUGGCACCGGUUAAGGUGCCUAACUACAAUAAAUGGACGCGACCUCCUACUGCUGUCUACGAAGAUAAUUAUGGCUAUGGGAUUAAUUACUAUCAGCCUAUGAUUGACUACAUCUCUGCUAAAGAAAAUGGUGCACCAAGAACCUUGCCGCAUUUGCCAUGGAAUAACGAAAGAGGUCUAGAUAAAUAUAAAUUUGGUAAAGUACAAACGUAUUCUGAACAGGAAGUAGCAAAAUUAUCUCGUGAAGUCGCCGCACAUGCAAAACGUGAUCUCAAUACAUUUGAUGUAACAAAAAGAACGCCAUUUUCCGUUGUUGCUACCGCUGCAGCAGCCAACGUUACAAAACAUGUUGGAGUUGAAAGUAUUUCUACAAAAACUAAAAAGAAAAGGAUAGAUAGAGAAAAAAUAAAAGCUGAAAGGCAAAAAAAGAGAAUGGCAGAAAUAGAAAAGGAACUCCAGUUAUAUGAAGCUGAAGCAAAUGUGGGUGCAGAAUUGAAAAGUAAAGCUUUAAUGUACAGAGGUAAAUCAGCUGGAGCCAUUGCACAAGUAUUAUUAGACGAGAGUAGAAAAAAUGUGUCUGAGGGAAAAUUUCGAAAUCUAGAUUCCGAUAUUAAAAAGAGAGUAGACCGUAAUUAUGCUAUCUUAUCUAAGAAAAUUAUGAACGAAGCUUUGCAAGAAACUCUAUCAAGCAAAUUAGAAAAUAAAUUGGAAGAGACAGUAUCAGAAACCAUUAGAACUAUUCGUGAAGUUUCACCGACAACGUGUAUUGUUAGAAUAAAAACGGAAGCGCCAAUUAUUGUAGACGACUCUUAUCUUAUUACUUUACAAGAAUUAAAAGAGACUUUAAAGGAAUUUGAAAGUUUAAAUACGAAUGUUAUAGUUGAUAGAAGGUAUAAUAAGGUUUCAUAACUGAAGUACUGUUUU